CGCCGUCACGCGGCGGCAAUGGGUAUCGUCGUCUCCGCCACCGCCUCCUGCGGCGACAUCUUCGGCCGACGCCGCUCCCCAGCUCCUCCUGCCCCAACUGCGACCCCCGCGGCUAGCACCCCACCACCCACGGACACAACACCGGAGCCGGAGCUCGCCCGCGUGUUCCGCCACCUCGACGCGAACGGCGACGGCCGCAUCUCGGCGGCCGAGAUGCGAGAGUCCUGCGGGUGCACGGCCGCGGAGGCGGAGGAUAUGGUCGCUGCCGCGGACCGCGACGGAGACGGGUUCAUCAGCCUCGAGGAGCUCGGGGCGCUGCUCGAGGACGGCGACAAGGCGGACACGCUGCGCGCCGCGUUCGCCGAGUACGACGAGAACGGCGACGGCGUGAUCACCGCGGAGGAGCUGCGCCGCGCGCUGCGGAGGCUAGGGAUCGUCGGGGAGGAGAUGUCGGCCGAGCGGUGCGCAGAGAUCGUCGCGGCGGUGGACCGAGACGACGACGGGGUCAUCUCCUUUGACGAGUUCAAGGCCAUGAUGGCUAUCAAGCCGCCGCCGGCGUGAGCCAUACGCGCCGCCCGGCGAUACCACACCACACGUACGUGUACGUCUUCGUCUCUGAUUGUUCGUCGGCAACAAGAUGCACGUACGCGACUACUGUCGUAACCCUAAUUAGCAGGUGUAAAAUACUAAGGGAAAUCCAUUGGUUUUAGGGUUUCACGUUUUGCACUUCUACUGGUCAGUUCUAGUCUAGUUCGGGAUUAGUCUGCGAGGCCUUAUUGCUCGGAGAAAUUGAGUUUGAUGGGAGGGCAGUAAACUGAAAAUUUGGUCGGUUCUAGUCUGGUUCGGGAUUAGUUUGUGAAGCCUUAUUGCUUGGAGAAAAAAUUGAGUUUGAUUUGAGGGCAGUAAACUGAAAUUUCGGAGGUAUGCACGUUCAGCAGUUCAGGAGA